GAGUUGAUGAAUGAAGGGAGGAGGUUGAAUAGUCUAGCAAGAAGAGAAAAAAAUGAGAAUGAAAAGAAUAAUUUGGAAGAGGAUAAAAGUGAUUUGGAUGAGCUAAUAAAAGCUUUAAAGAAAGACAAAGAGGCAUUGACGAAGAAUAGAGACGAUAAGUGGGAGUUAUAUAAAUAUUUACAGGAUAAAUUUACAGAUUUAGCUAAAGGAGAAGCUACUCUGAUACCAGACUCUAUGGACGUGACCUUGAAACGAAAGCAAAAUGUUCCCACAUAUCGUAACAUGGAUGACAUGGUGAAGAAACUAAGGAAAAUUACACCAUCCAGUUACGGCAGGUCUAAAAAAAAUGACCCAGAACUCAACAAUCUUUCCAGUCUGAAAGCUGAGGCGGAUGACUUUGAAUCACUUGGAAAACUUGUAUUAGACAUGCAAGAGUUUUAUAAUGUUGAAGAAGAACGGCUCGCAAAAUUCACAUCAUGGGCUUCAAAAUAUUUUAAUUGUCCUGUUGAUGCAUUACCACUUGGAGGACAUAGUAGGAAAAUAAAGAAUGAACUCAGAGAUGGCAGUGGAUGUCCUUACAGGCAGGUUUGUGCAUCAUACGCUAGAUUUAUUAGUCAGAAAAGGCCUCCAGACUGUUAUGGUCUCCAUCCGACAUUCUUGAUUUACCUGGCAGGACCGUAUCUAGGGAUUGCUGGGGCUAUCUUUGGUGAUAAAUGUGUGGUAGAACCACUCACACCUCUAAUUCCCUUGAUGCACCUGGAAAGUCUGAAGGAUUAUUAUAACAAGUUAUGUUUACCAACUGAAAUUAAUGCUGAUUUACCAAGACGAGAAGCAUACCCAUACCCAAAUUCUUUUAAUAAUGAGAAUGGCUACGAGUUUCAGUUUGAGUACAAAGAAAAACUGGUUGAUGACAAACUGCUUUUCAUUGUGCAAGAAUUGACCAAUCAACAGCUGUUUGUUGUGAAAUUUAUCAGGAGAUAUGGCGCUGAUGUUCACAGGGACUGUGCUAAAGUCAAUAUUGCACCAAAACUCAUAGCAUUUGAAAAACUGGCAGGCAACUGGUUUAUGGUAGUGAUGGAAUAUCUUUUGAGUGAGCAUUUCACAUGUAUGUAUGAUAUUCUUCAGGAAGGUGAUCAGAAUAUAUCAUUUCUCACUCAAAAAUCUAUUGAAGUUGCCAAUGAAUUGCACAAGAUGAAUUAUGUUCAUGGUGACUUUCGGACAUCAAAUUUUAUGAUUUCAAAAGAUAGAAAGCAGGUUAUGAUAGUUGACUUCGACUGGGCCGGAGAGGAAGGAUCAGCAAAAUACCCACAUUUUAUAAACCGAUUUGAUUCACUAGACUGGCAUCCAGAUGUAAAAGAGGGUGGAAAAAUUAAGAAAGCUCAUUACAUUUACUUUAUUACGCAAUCUACUAAAUGA